UCAACCAAUCACAUCGCAGGCGGGAAGUUCGUCCCAACCAAUCAGCGUCCAGCUGGAGCUCCGGCUAAAGGAGUUAGCUUCGGUUAGCUUCACGCAUCCACAUUGCUUUGUGGCAUCUCCACGCUAUAAUAUAUACCUUAUAUUUAACUGUAAAUCAAAGCUUAAUAACCAGGAUCGCUAAAGAAAAGCAUCAAAGCACCAAACCGAAGCGAUGACGGGCUCAAACGAGUACAAGCUAAACCAGGGACCAGAGGACAGCAUCUCUGCUGUCAAGUUCAGCCCCAGUGCAGCCCAGUUCCUGCUGGUUUCCUCCUGGGACGGCACUGUCCGUCUCUUCGAUGUCGGAGGCAACACCAUGCGGAUGAAGUACCAGCACACAGCUCCAGUUCUUGACUGUGCUUUUUACGACCCAACACAUUCUUGGAGUGGAGGUUUAGAUGCACAGCUAAAAACUCAUGAUUUGAACACAGACCAAGAUACAAUAGUUGGAACACAUGAUGCCCCCAUUCGCUGUGUGGAGUACUGUCCAGAGGUUAACGUCAUGGUAACGGGUAGCUGGGACAGAUCGGUUCGGCUGUGGGACCCAAGGACGCCCUGCAAUGCUGGCACCUUCACUCAGCCUGAAAAGGUGUACACCCUCUCGGUGGCUGGAGAUAGGCUGAUCGUCGGCACGGCUGGAAGACGAGUGCUGGUGUGGGAUUUGAGGAACAUGGGCUACGUACAGCAAAGACGAGAGUCCAGUCUCAAGUAUCAAACUCGCAGCAUUAGAGCCUUCCCCAACAAACAGGGCUACGUCUUGAGUUCAAUCGAGGGACGUGUAGCUGUGGAGUACCUGGACCCGAGCCAGGAGUUUCAGAAGAAGAAGUAUGCCUUCAAAUGCCACAGGCUGAAGGAGGAGGGAAUUGAGCAUGUUUACCCCGUCAAUGCCAUCUCGUUUCACAGUAUUCAUAACACCUUUGCCACAGGUGGCUCAGACGGCUUCGUGAACAUCUGGGACCCGUUCAACAAGAAGCGCCUGUGUCAGUUCCACAGGUACCCGACCAGCAUCGCCUCGCUGGCCUUCAACAACGACGGCACCAUGCUCGCCAUCGCCGCCUCCUACAUGCACGAGAAGGGAGACAUCAACCACCCAGAGGACGCCAUCUUCAUCCGCCAAGUCACAGAUGCCGAGACGAAACCCAAGUCAACCUAAAUCAGCCUUGGAGUGGUUCCCUCUGCGUAUGAAGCCUUUUAUCACAUUUGGGUUAUCUGCUGGCAUCCAGUGUACCAUUACCAUAUUGUUUGCCAUCAUUUCUUUCCAUUCCAAAAAACAGAUUUUCUCUUUUGUAUGUUUGUGAAAAACCUUUUCUUCUCUCUUGUUAAAUAUUUCAUUGUUUCUUGUAUGUUCUGACAAACCAACUAUUGUUUUUCUUGAAAUAAUAACUGAUUUUAUAUCGAAA